AUGCAUCAGAACGAUUCCAAUACCAGUUUAGGCGAUUUCCAAACACCGACAAUACUACCUCAUAGCGAACAAGAUACAACCAUGGAGUUACCACCGCUCCAGAAAUUGAGUUUAGGUGGAGCUUUACCAUCUGGCGAUAUCAAAAACUUUACAUUUAUUUGCUCUUUCCUCAGCCACAUCUUGAACCUUAAGGACCCUGUGCAAAUUCUUGAGAAAGUAAAGGAUACAAAUUUUUACAAGUCGAUUCAGUACCCUGAUGGAUACGACGAAAUACCGAAGAUUGAGAUCAUGAAGAAUAUAGUAUUCCCAUUUGAUACUUGGUUGCGGGAUGAAGUUUCUGUUAAGGAUAUAAAAAUCAAGAUCAUAUUGCUUAACGAAAUAAAUACCAUGAUGGAACUUGAAUUACAAACAGCCGAUGACCAAACCUCAUUUGAAGAGAUCACCUUAAACUACUAUGCAAAGCUACUCACCGCGUACAAGAUGUAUGACAUGCCUGCACGAUCAACAUAUCUAUUUAAUACUACUACCACCACUGCUAGUAAUAAUACACCAUCAACAUCAUCCAAUACCAACAACAUCAACAACAACAACAAUAGCGCUUUUGCUCUUGGCUCUGCCAACAUAAUUGAUGAAUCAAUUGAUGAACGAUUUGAACAUGUUGGUGAUCUUAGGAGUACAAAUGAUUCUGAGUUCAACUACUUGGGCAAACCCUUGUAUAGAACCAAUUCAAACCUGUCGCAAAAGUCACAAGGAUCAUCAACACAGAACCGCAGGGCAAGCACAUCGAGCUCGUUAUCGCGAAGAAGAUUUUCAUCAUUGUUGAAUGUAGGGAGUAAUCAAAAUAAGCACGGAAGUGAUUCAUCACUUGAGAAUGAUACCAACGCUCCCUUGUCAAAGCAAAUUUCAUCACCUCAUACACCACCCCAGCGGCCAUUUCUGCAGUUCAAUUUUAACCACCAUUUAAGUUCAAGUUCAAGUUCUGGUGCAAAUUCAGAUGCAAACCAAAACGGCAACUUUAACACCCAUUCUAAUGCUUUUGUUAAUGGUAAUGGAAGCCCAACAAUGAAAUCAUCACGCCCUACACUGCACGACGGCAACUCAACAACAUUCAACUCGAUUCUUUCAAAGCUGAAAAUUUAUACCCGAAUGAAAAAACACCGCGAACUGAAUGCUUCUUUAGGUUCAAACUUGUCACAACAAACUCAACCCAGCAAUCGGAGCAGUAUCAGCACCACACAGACUGGCCAAACUUCAGUUGGUACCCGAAGACGAAGCAUGGGUCUAGGCAUCUCCCACCCAAACCAGUCAAACACAAGUGCUUCUUCAUCAUUUGUCUCAACAAAUACAUUGGUGAUGGCCACACCUCCACCACCAACUUUACUACCACAACUUAACAGGGAAGAGAAUAUUGCCACUUCUGAGCAACGACACGAAAAUGCCAAAAACAAAUACGAUUACUACAUUCAGCUAUUCAAACUUGAGAAAAACUCUCAACGAAUUUUGAAAAUAUUGAACAAUCUGCAUACCAUUAACAAUAAGUUACUAAAGUUUAUUGAAUUUAUCAAAAGCAAGCUAUUGAAAUUCAUCGUCAUUGACAUCAUGUGCAUGAUCCUUGGGUACGCUGAAUUACAGAGCAGCAACUUUCAAAACGUGAGAAGAUUUUAG